GGUGGAAGCCUGUCUGGCUCCUUUCCCUCAAAGGUCAGACAGCUUGAGAGAUGUUUCCAUCCUCCCAUGCAUGACCCUGAGGCAGUUAGCUGGUCAGUUACUCACUGUGCUCUCUGCCAACUCUAAUGAGCCAGGAAGCCUCCCCAUGCCCAGGCGUGCUGUGAUCACAGUGUUCAAUGAUGGGGUGAGGCUGCAGCGUCCAGCCAGGGGCUGUGCCACAGGGGCCAGAAGAUAUCUGACCUACUGUCACUGCCUCUUCCACUCUGUUCCACCUGCACUGGGGCAAUGCCAUCCGAUGAACAGAUCCAUUUAUUAAUUCAACACGUUUGUAUUGAGAGCCUGCUGGGUGCCGGGCACUAUUGUUGACAUGGGUGAUACAGCAGCAAGCAAAACAAGAGAAACAUCUUUGCAAGCAGGGGAGGGGACCUGCAGUGUUGGGUGUGUGGAGUUGUUGCUGGGAAGUAGAGAAGCUGAGUAAAGAGCUGGAUGGAGAGAGAUAGCCAGGCCCAUGUCUACAGAAAAGCAUUCUAGACUGAGUGAGCAGAAAUGGCAAAGGCCCAGAGGAGGGAGCAUGCCUAGCUAGCCCCCUAGACCUGGUGAGGCUGGUGUGGGUUGGGCAGUGGUACAGUUUGGCUGUGUCCCCACCCAAAUCUCAUAUUGAAUUGUAGCUCCCAUAAUUCCCAUGUGUCAUGGGAGAGACCUGGUGGGAGAUAAUUGAAUCAUGGUGGUGUUCUCCCCCAAGUUGUUCUCCUGGUAGUAAGUGUCAGGUGAGCUGAUGGUUUUGAGGGGUUUCCCUUUUCACGUGGCUCUCCUUCUCUCUUGCCUGCUGCCAUGUAUGAUGUACUUUUUUUCUUCUGCCAUGAUCGUGAGGCCUCCCCAGCCACGUGGAACUGUGGCCCGAGGCAGCCGGGAUGACAGCUCUCCCCAGGAAUCCUGCUGCCUGCUGAGAAACAUGGUCAGCAAGUCCCGCUGGAAGCUCCUGGCCAUGUUGGCUCUGGUCCUGGUCAUCAUGGUGUGGUAUUCCAUCUCCCGGGAAGACAGGUACAUCGAGCUUUUUUAUUUUCCCAUCCCAGAGAAGAAGGAGCCGUGCCUCCAGGGCGAGGCAGAGAGCAAGGCCUCUAAGCUCUUUGGCAACUACUCCCGGGAUCAGCCCAUCUUCCUGCGGCUUGAGGAUUAUUUCUGGGUCAAGACGCCAUCUGCUUACGAGCUGCCCUAUGGGACCAAGGGGAGUGAGGAUCUGCUCCUCCGGGUGCUAGCCAUCACCAGCUCCUCCAUCCCCAAGAACAUCCAGAGCCUCAGGUGCCGCCGCUGUGUGGUCGUGGGGAACGGGCACCGGCUGCGGAACAGCUCGCUGGGAGAUGCCAUCAACAAGUACGAUGUGGUCAUCAGAUUGAACAAUGCCCCAGUGGCUGGCUAUGAGGGUGACGUGGGCUCCAAGACCACCAUGCGUCUCUUCUACCCUGAAUCUGCCCACUUCGACCCCAAAGUAGAAAACAACCCAGACACACUCCUCGUCCUGGUAGCUUUCAAGGCAAUGGACUUCCACUGGAUUGAGACCAUCCUGAGUGAUAAGAAGCGGGUGCGAAAGGGUUUCUGGAAACAGCCUCCCCUCAUCUGGGAUGUCAACCCUAAACAGAUUCGGAUUCUCAACCCCUUCUUCAUGGAGAUUGCAGCUGACAAACUGCUGAGCCUGCCAAUGCAACAGCCACGGAAGAUUAAGCAGAAGCCCACCACGGGCCUGUUGGCCAUCACGCUGGCCCUCCACCUCUGUGACUUGGUGCACAUUGCCGGCUUUGGCUACCCAGACGCCUACAACAAGAAGCAGACCAUUCACUACUAUGAGCAGAUCACGCUCAAGUCCAUGGCGGGGUCAGGCCAUAAUGUCUCCCAAGAGGCCCUGGCCAUUAAGCGGAUGCUGGAGAUGGGAGCUGUCAAGAACCUCACGUCCUUCUGACCUGGGCAAGAGCUGUAGCCUGUCGGUUGCCUACUCUGCUGUCUGGGUGACCCCCAUCCGUGGCUGUGGGGGUGGCUGGUGCCAGUAUGACCCACUUGGACUCACCCCCUCUUGGGGAGGGAGUUCUGGGCCUGGCCAGGUCUGAGAUGAGGCCAUGCCCCUGGCUGCUCUUAUGGAGCCGAGAUCCAGUCAGGGUGGGGGCGCUGGAGCCGUGGGAGCCCGGCCAGGGCAGGGGGCUCGUUGCUGUGGCACCCCCUCUCUGCCAGCACCAAGAGAUUAUUUAAUGGGCUAUUUAAUUAAGGGGUAGGAAGGUGCUGUGGGCUGGUCCCACACAUCCAGGAAAGAGGCCAGUAGAGAAUUCUGCCCACUUUUUAUAAAAACUUACAGUGAUGGCCCCACCAAGGCCUAGACACGGCACUGGCCUCCCAGGAGGGCAGGGGCAUUGGGAAUGGGUGGGUGCCCUCCAGAGAGGGGCUGCUACCUCCCAGCAGGCAUGGGAAGAGCACUGGUGUGGGGGUUCCACCGAGAAGGGGACCUCAUCUAGAAAAGAGGUUACAAACCUACCAUUAAACUAUUUUUCCUAAAACGGAA